CCCUCACUCAUCACAGCAUCUCAAAAUGCCUGACAUUGGCACCACCGCCCCCUCUCCCCCGCGCACACCGCCACACAAACGUGCCCCUAAACCCAAACCUCCCAACCCCAUCGAAUCCGCAAUCCGCACCUGGUUCGCGACGCUCCCCUCGCCGCUCCUCGCCUCCCUCCCCUUCACCCUCUCCACCCUCCUCGCCUCCUCCCCCAAACGCUGGGUCGUCUACCCACCCCUCGUCCUCCUCCCCUCCGGCAGCUUCCACUCCCCAAACUGGACCUCCCUCACGCCCCAUCUCUCCACCCUCUGGCCUCUAAUCCUCGCCCAGAUCUCCACACGCGAAGGCAAAGGCGCACUCACGCACCUCGCGAUCAACGCCGGGAUCCCGCUCAGCACCCCCGACGAUGGCGAAGCCGAGAACAUCCUGCGGUCCCCCAGCGGGCUGAUAUUUCUGCACGGGGAUUUCGGACCCGAGAUCGAGAAGGGCCGGGAGCCCAGCGCGCGCGAUUUCCAGGAGGCGUUUUGGGUCAGCUCCAAACAGAAUGGCAUCGUGCAGGUGUGGGCGCCCCGGUAUACGAUGUUUAGCCGCGGGAACGUGACGGAGAAGGCGAGGCUGCUGGGGUUUCGCGACUACGCGCAAGUAAUGACGGCUGUGGAUCUAUAUGCAGGGAUUGGGUAUUUCGUGUUUAGUUAUGUGGCGAUAGGGACGCGGAGGGUUCUGGGGUGGGAAUUGAAUCCUUGGUCUGUGGAGGGGUUGAGGAGGGGCGCGGCUGCGAAUGGCUGGGAGGUGAAGGUUGUAAGGCCCGGGGAGGAGUGGAAUGGGGUGGGCACUGAGAGGAUCGUGGUUUUUCUGGAGGAUAAUAGGAAUGCGGAGAGGAGAGUAGAGGGCGUGAAAGCGCUGGGCUCUAUCAGGCACAUCAACUGUGGUUUGUUGCCAACGAGUGAGGCGAGCUGGAAGAUGGCGCUACGGAUCUUGAAUGCGGAUGGGUGGCUACACCUGCAUGAGAAUGUAGGGGCGAAGGAUGUUGUAAAAAGGGGGGAGGAGAUCAAGGAGAUCUUGAGGACGGAGCUGGAGAAGGGAAAGGCUGGGCGAGAAUUGAAGAUCGAGCAUAUAGAAACCGUGAAGAGUUUUGCUCCCGGUGUAUUCCACAUAGUGUAUGAUGUCUACGUCUCUACUAAAACAUGAGGCGUCAAUGAAGUCCUCGCCCAUAAUAUACAUGAGGCGCCAAUCAUCAAGCCGUUGCCCAUAAUCCGAAU